AUGAGCCCAGUUUUCUUGAACAAGUCAGCGGCGGAAACGGUCAUCAACGGCCAGAGUCCCACUGUGGCGUCCCAAGUCCUUGCUUUUCAUCAGAACCUGCCUCACUAUGAGAAGACGCCGUUGCACACGCUGCCCCAGCUGGCCAAGGAGCUACAACUCGGCCAUGUCUUCGUCAAAGACGAGUCCAACCGCUUCGGCCUGCCGUCCUUCAAAAUUCUUGGCGCAUCAUGGGCCGUAUUCAGGGCCAUUUCGGAAAGACUGCAUCUAGACCCGGUCGCAUUCAUGCACGACAAUCAGGGUGGUGAAUUCUGGGCUCGCCUGGGGACAAUGGCAAGAGCCGAAGAAAUUAGCCUUGUGACCUGCACAGAAGGCAAUUGGGGCCGCGCUGUCGCCCGUAUGGCCAAGUAUAUCGGCAUCCCGGUGAAUAUCUUCGUCCCGAGCUUCAUGCCCGAGACGACGCGGGCGCGUGUUAGGUCCGAGGGUGCCGAGUUGGUGGUGGUAGAUGGUAGCUACGACGACGGCGUUGAUGCCGCUAGGAGGGAAUCAGAAAGCAACCCAGGCGCCAUACUGACCAUGGACAUGGGUUGGGAAGGGUAUCACAAGAUUCCCGGCUGGGUAGUUGAGGGGUACAGCACGAUGCUAAAUGAGUCCGAUCUGCAAAUCCAAGAGGCCACAGGGGGAAAGUCAGCCACGCACGCCUUCAUCCCUGUGGGCGUUGGCUCAAUAGCCCAUGCUGUCACCCAACACUACAAGAAAGCCCCUUCUGGCCACCAAUCCAGGGCGUCAGUCAUAACAGUUGAGCCAACCAGUGCGGCGUGCUUGAGAGCAUCGCUGGAAGCAGGCCAGAUGACCAGCGUUGAGACCGCGGACUCCAUCAUGUGCGGCAUGAACUGCGGUACAGUCUCAUCGACGGCUUGGCCCGCCCUCGCUGCUGGUGUUGAUGCCGAUGUCACUGUCACUGAUCAAGAGGCACACGCGGCUGUAGAUGAGCUGUCGACGAUGGCCCUGCAGCCAGGGCCGUGUGGUGCUGCUACCUUGGCAGCCCUGCGGAAGGCAUGCUCGGAGGCACGGGAUGAACUCGGUAUCACCCAAGGUGCCACAGUCGUGCUCUUUUGCACAGAAGGUAAACGCGAGUAUGAGAUUUCGAACUAA